UUUUUACCUCCACUUUUUUCAUUCUUCUUCUUCGUCUUCUCUCUAUGAGAGACCAAUAUAUAGAGAGAGAAGAGCCAUGAAGAACACCAUCCGGUGCUGCAUCUCUUGCAUUCUUCCAUGUGGAGCACUCGACGUGAUUCGAAUAGUACACUCCAAUGGCCGGGUUGAAGAAAUCAGUGGCUCCAUCACAGCCAGCGAGAUCAUGAAGGCUCACCCUAAACACGUCCUAAAGAAACCCUCCUCCUCUUCCGAUGAUGGGAUGGUCCCAAAAAUCGUCAUCGUCCCACCAGACGCAGAGCUGCAACGUGGAAAGAUUUAUUUCCUGAUGCCGGACCCUUCAACACCCGAAAAAACCCGAUCAAAAUCCUCUUCAACAACCAAGAAGAAAAGAAGAGACAGUCUUGAGUUUGACAGCAGCAGCAACAGCAGCCGCCAGCAUCGUCACAGCAGAAGCAUGAGCACCGCCAACAAGAACAACAACACUAUUUCAGUGACGAAUCUUUUGAUAUCAGACCAGUAUUUAAGUGAAAUACUUUCAGAGAAGUUGUCAACUCAAAGGGAUCGAAGAAGAGGCCGAGUUGGGGUGUGGAGGCCACACUUAGAGAGCAUAUCCGAGACGCCAAAUGAUUGUUGAUCAUGAAGUACGCUGUGUUAUACCAUUACUACUACUACUACUACUACUACUACUACUACUAUGAAUUACAAAGAUGGGGUUUGUAAUUUUCCUUCAUAUUUUGAUAUAAUUCAUUUUUAGGAGAAAAAAGAAAGUACAUCCAUCCAAUAAUAGGGUUCAAGGAACAGCUGCCUUAAGUAUUUGUUUUUUUCUCUUCUUGUUUACAUUUCUUUUCUGCCCUUUUAUUAGUUUUAUUUUGAGUUUUGUACAUAUAAGUUAUAACACACAGUUGUUUCAGGGAUCUUGGGUCCGGAUGUUUUGCCACAGACGUUACUUGAUUUUUAAGCGUAAUUUUCGAGUGCCAAAUCUCUUGAAAGUUGUAAUUUUGUAAAUGCUGAGAGUGAGAGAGGGUUUG